CUUAGACCUGCCGACUUCAGCUCCCGUACGAGUGGAUAGACCAGUUUAAGCAUGGCUGAUCUCAGGAAACCGAGAAUAUGCGUUAUCGGAGCAGGCCCAUGUGGCAUGUCCUUUUUAUACCAUAACAGUAAAUAUCAACAAGCUGGAGAAACAUGUUUAGAGGUGGUGUGUUAUGAAAAACAGUCGGACUGGGGAGGACUGUGGAACUACACUUGGAGAACAGGUUUAGACCAGUAUGGGGAACCCUGUCACGGAAGCAUGUACCGGGAUCUUUGGUCUAACGGUCCCAAGGAAUGCCUGGAAUUCCCAGAUUAUACAUUCGAGGAUCAUUUCGGGAAAGUUAUUCCAUCCUAUCCACCGCGUUCUGUUCUUUUCGACUAUCUACAAGGUCGUUGGAGCAAAGCUAAUGUCCGGGAUCCGAUCCGCUUUAAUAAGCUUGUGAAGCACGUGACUUACAACAAUGACACGGACGACUUCACCGUCACGGUUAAAGAUCUAGGCUGUGAUAAAGUUCUCCCCUCUGAGAGGUUCUCUCAUAUCAUCGUAGCAGGAGGUCACUUUUCAGUCCCGAAUGUUCCUGACUUUGACGGAAUUGGCACGUUCAAUGGUAGAAUUCUCCAUUCCCAUGAUUUUAGAAAAGCAGAGGAGUUCAAAGGCCAACGUCUUUUAAUAGUUGGCUCAAGCUACUCAGCCGAAGAUUUAGCCAUGCAAUGCAGGAAAUCAGGCUCUGGUGACGUCAUCUGUUGCUGGCGGACUAAACCUAUGGGAUUCAAGUGGCCAAAAGGAAUAGAAGAACGUCCAUUGUUGACGAAAAUAGACGGAAAGACAAUUUAUUUCAAAGACGGAACCACGGCAGAUGUAGACGUCAUAAUCCUUUGCACGGGAUAUUUAUAUCACUUCCCAUAUCUGUCCGAGAGUCUUCGUCUGAAGACAAGUCUACGCUUAUACCCGGCUGGUUUAUAUAAGGGAACCUUAUGGAUGGGAGACGGAAACAGUAAACUAAUGUACAUUGGUAUGCAGGAUCAGUACUACACAUUCACAAUGUUUGACAUCCAGGCUGAAUGGGCAUGCGCAGUGAUAAGACGGAAGGUGAAGCUGCCGAAUCGUCAGGAAAUGGAGCUUGACAUUAAAAAAUGGCUGAAAGAGGAAUCCUUAUUGAAGAAUUGUUACGACCACAUCGACUUUCAGACGGCGUUUGUGUGUGACCUUGCUAAAGAAGUAGGCUGCAAAUACAACUUGGAUGUUAAAGCUCUCUUUGACAGAUGGGAGGAUGACAAGUACGCAGAUGUUGUGACGUACAGGGACCAAGCAUUCACCUCAGUUUUUACUAAAUCUCCGGGCAUAAAACAUCACACACCCUGGAUGGAAGCAUUUGAUGACUCCAUAGACACGUUUGUUAAUCAAACGCCCAACAAAUAGAGAACGAAGAGAAAUGGUGAGGGCAAAUGGAUGUUUCCUUAGAAUGUAAUAUAUAUUCAACUUCAUCGUAUAUCAAUCAUAGAUAAAGAUAGGCGAAAAUAUAUAGAUAUACAUAUAAUUCAGCGUCAAAUAAACGUUUGUAAACAGAACUGUAUCAAAAACAAAUUAAUAAAUACAAGUAAAUAGGCGUGCUGUUGAUACGAAUUAUAAGGGUAUAUUGUAUAUAUUGUGUACAUUUUUAUCAAUUAUGGACCUUUACUGAGGUCAUAUAUUUGGAAAUGGCAUACUAUUUACCGAAUUAAAGGGCCAUGAUUGGUAAAUGUGUAUAGGUAUACAUACAACAUUACCCCAUAAACCAUAUCAAAAGAUACCAUUAAUCACGAUUAGCAAAUAUUUUAGUUUAUAUUUUAUAUUAGUAAGAAACUUUUUUGCGAUAUGAUGAAAUUGGAUCAUAACUAUUGUUGAAAACAUGAAAACUGCUUUGGGCAUUGUGACAUCACAACGAUUAUUGCACCAUGAUUGCUAAAUUAACUCGGUGUUCCGAAAAAUGGAAACAUCUCAAAACAUUGCCUUCCGCGUGACCAUGUUUUUUCCCAUGCGAAUUUAGGAAUAUCGGGCAAUAUCUAAGAUAUAGAAUCGUAUUUAUUUUUUACCUUAAUAAAUAUAAAAAAAGUACAAUGAAUCAUAUUA